UAUGGUCUCUUAUAGAAGUUCUGUGAAACAAAUUUUGACAGCACUAUGUGGAUUGAAGAAUCUAGUUGAGUUGGACUUGAGCAAAAGUGAUGUUGUUAGUUUACCUCAAAAGUGUCAGCAACUUAACAAGCCUUAGAGUACUUGAUUUGUCAUCAACUCUUAUAAGUGGGAACAUGCCUUCUUUCAUCACAAGUCUGAAGUCACUUGAAUACCUCUCUCUUGUUGAUACUGAAAUUGAAGGCUCUUUCUCCUUUAGUUUAUUGGCAAACCAUUCCAAACUUGAGGUUUUUAGGGUGUCAUCCAUGAGUGAUAACUUCCAUGUUGAAACUGAAAGUCCACCAUGGCUCCCUACUUUUCAACUGAAGGCUAUCCAACUUGAAAGAUGCCAUCUUAAUGCACAACAAAACAGUUCCAUUCCAAGUUUUCUUUUGUUCCAAAAGGAGUUAAGACUAGUUGACCUCUCUCACAAUAACCUACAGGGAAACUUUCCCUCUUGGCUCUUCACUAACAACUCAAAGUUGGAGACCUUGCAUUUGACAAAUAACUCUUUUAAUGGAACUUUACAAUUGCCUACCUCCAAACAUAGUUUACAAAGUCUACAAAUUUCAAGCAACAAAAUAGGUGGUCAACUCCCAGAUAACAUAGGUAACAUCUUUAAUAACCUGUUCCAUGUAAAUCUCAGUAUGAACAAUUUAGAAGGAACCCUUCCUUCUUCCAUGGUUGAAAUGCAAAGGGUACAAAUAUUGGACUUAUCCCACAACAACUUCAGGGGAGAGCUUGCAAGAAAUUUCUUCUCCAAUUGGACUUCAUUGAUGUUGUUGAGUUUGUCUCACAACAAUUUCAGUGGACAAGUAAUUCCAAGGUUUGCCCAAUCAGCAAAGUUGCAAUUCUUGUUGUUGAAUGACAACAACUUUACUGGAGAAAUGUAUGAUGGGGUAUUGCUAAAGUCUUCUUUACAAGCAAUGGAUAUAUCUGGCAACAUGGUAUCUGGGAGAAUCCCCUCAUGGAUUGGCAACUUUUCAUCACUUCAGCUACUUUCAUUGUCGAAAAACAUCUUAGAAGGUGAAAUUCGCCUUCAGAUAUGUGGUCUAAAGAGCAUUACAUAUUUGGAUCUUUCAGAAAAUGGUUUAUCUGGGUCCAUACCUUCUUGUAUGGCUAAUUUGACAAUGCUAAAGUUCUGUCACUUGCAAAAGAAUGCUCUCACUGGUUUGACAUCAAUUGGAAUAUAUGCCUUGUACUCACUUGACCUAAGGGGCAACGAAUUUUCUGGAGAUGUUUCAUCUUUUGUGGGCACUUUCAUUGGUGAAGAUGUAACAAUUCUUCUAUUGGGUGGGAAUAAACUGAGUGGUAGCAUUCCUCAUAGAUUGUGCAAAUUCAUGUCUCUAAGGAUUAUGGAUCUUUCACGUAACAGACUAAAUGGAAAAAUACCUUCAUGCCUUGGUAACAUCUCAUUUGCAAUUGAUCAUGGUAAUUGUGAUGGUACACCUAUUAGCAACAAUUUUUGUUUUGGAGAAACUUUUAAUGUUUGGUUCUUCUUUGAAACUGCCUUUACUUUAUACAACUCCACUUUGAUAUUGUACAACAAUUCUCUUGAUGACUAUUAUGUGGUUAGAAAGCCAAUCCCUACAGAGUUCAGAACAAAGAAUAAUGUGUUAUCUUACACAGGCUAUGUGCUAGAAAAGAUGUCAGGUUUGGAUUUGUCAAGUAAUGAGUUAAGUGGCAACAUUCCACAUGAAAUGGGAAACAUAGUGAACCUCAAUGCCUUGAACCUUUCACAUAAUUGCUUAUCAGGAUCUAUACCAAGCAAGUUAUCUAAUCUUGUAAAUGUGGAGAGCUUGGACCUUUCUUACAAUAACUUGAGUGGUGAAAUACCUCUUGAUAUGACCAAAUUGAAUUUUUUGGCAAUCUUUAAUGUCUCCUACAAUAACUUGUCAGGUCUAACUCCUACCACUGGACAAUUUGCCAACUUUGGGGAGGACAAUUAUAGAGGCAACCCAAAUCUUUUUGGGUUUCCCAAAAGGAAUUCUACUAGAAUUUUCUCACCACCACCACCUCCUACAGAAAUUCAAAGCAACGAAGGAGGAGAAAAUCACCCACCCAUUGAAUUGGUUUCUUUCUUUUGGGGAUUUGUUAGCUCUUAUGUAUUAACUGUCUUGAGUUUAGCCAUAGUUCUAUGGUUUAGUCCACGCUGGUGCAGAGCUUGGUUUUGGCUUGUGGAUUUGUGCAUAUAUUAUUGUUGUUUAUUCCAUUUUAGAAAUGGUUUCCGCUAAUAAGCAUCCAGCUACAAGAAGAAAAGUUUAGAAUUUGAGCUAAGCUCCUAUGUUUCUGUUUCUGUUUCUCUACAUAACGUUAUUUGUAACAAAUUGUGUGAAUUUGUAUCCAAUGAGCUUUAAUGAAUGAAAGUAGUUAUAUUAACCUCUUCAAGUUAAUGUGUUGUGAAUUUAAGGAGUUAAGAGAUGUAUAUGAGGUAUGUACAACUAGGAUUUACACUAUUGUACCUUAAUCAGAAACUAAAUCAACUUAUACAUUCUUUGCUUCAUUGGUUUUCUUCUUCUUCUUUUUUUUUUGUGUAGUUUCAUUCUUUUUUUUUUUUCCCGAACUGGACUUCCAAUUUUCAAACAAAACUGAAAACUUUUCGCCUAAAAGGUCUAGAAAGAACUAACUUAUUUGAUACAUUUCGAGGUUACUUUGAUGGAAAAAACUAAGGUGCAGUACUUUUGGUAAUGUUCACCGUACCAGGAUUAAAGACUGAUGCAUAUUAAAGCUUCUCAUAACUCAGCAUUAUGUUCAUUAAAUGGAUCAAGGUUGAACCAAACAGUUCUAAAGAGGUGGAACUUAAUUGGAGAAUAACACUAACAUUGCCAUUGGUUUGUCUCAAUUUGAUUGAAGAUGAAACUUAAUAUAAUUAGAAGAGUUAAACCAGUUACUAACUUUUUAACUAGUUUUUUUGACUCUCAAAUGAUUAUUAAUUACUAAAUUCGCAUUAUUGGUUUGAUUAUCUAAUUUUAAAAUACUAGCAUAAAAUAAUCUGUACCUGUUCUAAAUCUAUUUAUAAUUGCAAAAGAAUUUCAUUUAAAGCAAAAAAUUCAAAUAUCAGUAAGAUUCAAUUAAAAUUACUGAUAAAAUUAUAAAAUAGAAAGACAUAAAGUAAAAAUCAUGUAAGGAUGUGCUUAGUUAUCCGGUGCUAAAAUCUUUUGCUUUGCUCCCAGCGUCCAUUAAGCUCUAUUCUAACGAGAAACAAAACGUAUCAAGUUUUUCUUAUCAUAAAAGAGUGAUCUUAUAAUAUGAAAAAAAAAUUCUUCUUUUAAUUAAAUUUUCAAAAUUUACAUGAUAUUAUUAAAUUGUGUAUGUAAACUAAAGUAAAAAAAAUGCAUAAAUAUUAUGAUAAAUAAAAUGCGUAGAGAUAAACUUAUUGUUGGUUGAAGAAAUUUAAAUAUUAAUUAAAAUAAUAAAAAGAUCAUUAAUUCUUUUUUAUUAGGAGAAUAAUUAAAAGGAAAAACAAUAAUAAUUAAUUUAAUACGUCCCAAAAUGUGGGUAGUUAAGCUACGAUAACUAUCA